CCCCAGGCACCCAUUCCUACUCAUUUGCUAAACUCUGGCUCUCUCCCCAGCUGGAUAAAACCUCCCUCUGGGCACCAGAAGGCAGCCAGCCAAUCACAGAGGGACAAAGGGCAGGACCAAGGCUGCCAGAAUGACAAAUGCCGAGGCUGACACCUGGGAAAAGCCAGUUGUUGAGCUGAGAUCUCUUAAGGAAGAGUCCUUCUCUUCUGGCAACACCAGCAGGUCCUGAAAGUCUCAGAGGUGCCGGAGCUGACUAUCUUCUCCUCAUUCUGGGCAGACUGCCAAGCACCCUGGAUGCAGCAGCAGCCCAAUUCAUGAGUUCCAGGCACUGCCACUAGACUUCCUAACAACAUAAUUCUUCACUUCAUCUUGCUACUUGGGUGCUUCAUGGCUUCCACCUACAGCCUCCAAGGAAAGUGGACUCCUCUAGCUGCACUGACUUUACUAUGGACUUCUUUGGCUUGGGUUGAAGGAAAGCCAGGGUGUCCUUCCUGCAGGAUGCCUCCACUGGAACGCAGUGCCGAGAAAGCCUUCUUGAUUGAAGUAGCCAAGCAGCAGAUACUCCAAAAACUGAACCUGAGCGAGAGGCCCAACAUCACCCACCCUGUGCCACGUGUGGCAGUGGCCAAUGCCCUGCGGCGACUACACAUGGGCAAAGGCUGGACAGAUGUGAUGGGGCACUUCUCCAGCUGGGAGAAAACAGAGUCGGAUGAGCAGGGGUACGAGAUCAUUAGUUUUGCAGAGACAGAGCCUUCAGGCCUCCUUCAAUUCCAGCUCACCCACACAAGAGGCCAAGCCAUGCACGUCCUGAAGGCCCAAUUGUGGCUGCACCUUAGGGCGCACCAAAACAUCACAAUACAGAUCUACGUUGCAGGACAGCCACAAGUGGUGCUGGGACAGCAGCAGCUGGGAAGUCAGGGGAGGAGCGGCUGGCACUCUUUUUCCCUGAUGCCAGCUUUGCAGAACUUCUUCGAGCACGAAGACAAAACUUUACGCUUGGAGUUGCAGUGCGAAGGCUGCCAUUCCAACAUUGUGUCUUUGAUGACAACCAGUAGCAACUCUCAUCAGCCGUUCCUGGUGGUGAAGGCAAAGAUAAAAGAAACUGGCCACUGGGUGACCAAGCGCAGCUUGAGCUGUGACCAGAACUCAGAUCUGUGCUGUCGAAAAGACUACUAUGUAAAUUUUCGGGACAUUGGUUGGAAUGACUGGAUCUUCAAGCCAGAGGGCUAUCAGAUAAAUUAUUGCAUGGGCGAAUGCCCCAUGCACCUGGCAGGUGUGCCUGGGGUGGCAGCUUCCUUCCACACUACUGUCUUCAAUUUGGUCAAAGCCAACAACAUCCCUAUCGCGGGCCAUUCCUGCUGUGUCCCCACACAGCGACGGGCCCUUUCUCUGCUGUACUUUGACCCCAAUAGCAACCUCAUCAAGACAGACAUUCCUGACAUGGUCGUCGAUGCUUGUGGCUGCAGCUAAAGAUGGGAUGGUAAGCAGAGAGAAAACCGAAAAAAGGACAGCGAGUAGGAAAUGGGUUACUUCCUUUCUGCUUCCCUUUGGACUCUCAUGAACAUCCAAGGACUCUGAGCCAAACUGAAGGGGUGAUAUUAUCAUAUGGACUCUUUUCAAAAGAGCAACAGUGUUUGGUUUUUCAGAGAAAACAAGUUACACUAAGAUGUAAACGAGCCUUUUUCUUACCAUUGUAUAACGUAUAAUGUAGUGCUAUGCAGGGCUGCGACUAGGCCUCUAACCCUCAGAACCCUGUAUUUGUCUUCCUUUCUGAAGUUGCUCCUUGAUAGACCCUCCAAGCUGUUUCCCUACCUCUUCCCACCCUGCUCCCAGUAGCUUCAUUCACUUCUCUUUUCCCAAUCCUGUUCUGUGGGCGGAAGAGUCCACAGAAAUGGGUCUGGAAUGUAUAGGGUUCUGGAUACAGGGGUGUACAUAGGUUUGCCUCUGAUGGCCUCAGCAUGUCAAGAUACAGUGGAAGAGCAGGAGACACAGGCAAGAGCUUGAAUCACACACAUCUUCUCAAGCCUUACUAGUUGCCCCUAAAGGCAGAUCUUAUGGUGCAUUCAAAAGUUCUCCUUGUUGCUCUUCUCAUUGUCAUGGUGUUCUUCUCAAUCCAAGGCUCCACAUGGACUGGGCCAAGUUUACUUGGGAACUCCUUCACUGGAUGGGCAGAAAAAGAAGGAAACCAAGAAGAGCUGCCCAGAUCCAUACCCAAAGGACUCUAAAUAUGUUUUGACUUUUGUACUGUGUGUGAGAUUUAUUGCAUUUCUGUUAAUGUAUCUAUAUUAUUUUAUUUUAUUUUGGAAUGACAUUAGUAGCAAAGCAAGUUUC